AUGAGUAACUCAACUCCAAUCGAAAUCUAUAUUAACUUGAUUAAUGAUUAUUAGAAUGCAAGUACUGAUGAUGAUGAUGAACAGUUUCAAAUAGAGUAUGAAAUAUUAAGAUUUUUAGCGUUUAACCAAAAAGAAAGUAUUUUGAGACAAUCGAAGAAAAAAGACAAUAUAUUGAAGAAUAUACAAAGAAGAAGAAGACAGAGUUGUGUAAGAACUUUUAGUUGACUGGAUAAUGCAAAUUUGGAGAUGAAGUAUUUUAAAAGGUUAUUUCAUAGUGUUCAUUCGCUCAUGGUUAAUUAGAGUUAUAAGCUAAAACUCAUCUACAUUAAAAAUACAAAACAAAACCAUGCAAUCGAUAUUUUAAUUAAGGAUUUUGUCCUUAUGGAAUAAGAUGCUAAUAUUUACAUGAUGAAUUAAAAGACUAAAAUAGAUUUGAGAAAUUCUUAUAAGAAUCUUAUUAACAAUUUAAUAUGAAGCCAACAAUAGCUAGAAGUAUGCUUAUAGAUUCUAUAAUAGAAUAUCUCAAUAAUACUGAGAGAUUAGACAUUUAAAGAUUUUAAUAAGUUCUAAAAACAUUCACAAAAAAAGGAUUCAAUGUUGGAUUGCAUACCAGAUCAAAAUUCUUUGUUUAGUUAUCAGAAAAACAAAUUUGA